GUUUGUUUUUCUCCCGGAUCCGGAUGAAGGGAUUGGCCUGCCCGUGGCCUGCCCUGCCCGGCUUUGGGCACCCGGGGUCCUGCUUCAUGGCUGAAGGCUCCUCCUGCACUCAGGCCCCGGGGCAAGGACCCCCCAUCAGCAUCCAGCUCCUGCGAGCCCAGUAUGAAGGCCUGAAGAGGCAGCAGAGGACCCAGAUCCACCUCCUGGUGCUCCCCAAAGGAGGACACACGCAUAAUUCUGCUGAAUCCAUGAUCAGCCCUGUUUGGAUUAACAAGGAGGCAAGGAGCUCCCUAUCCCUGGAAGAGGCAGAUUGUAAGGUGGAGGGGGUUCUGGAAGAAGUCGACCGAGGCGGUCUUCAGACUCCUGAGUCUCCAUGGCACACGCAUCUAGAGAUGCAUCGCUUAGUUCAAACCUUCCACCAUGAAACCAGUCAAGUGAAGCCCAAGGGCCAGCCUGUAGGAUCAGACCAAAGGCUCCGUCCAGAAGGAGACUCACACUUGUUUGAAAACCGUCACCCGACUCUGCCAGGAACCAAACUCCCAGAGACAGCCCAGGGUCAAUGUCAGGUGGGCGGUUCCCUAACAAAGAUCGUGGGACCCAGCUUAAAAACCAACAUUCAGUUUCUUCCUUCCAUAAAGGACUCCCACAGGUCUGGCAGACCUGCUUACUAUCCAUUUCCCCGGAGGAAAACACCCAGGAUUUCUGAAGCUGCCCGGAACCUGGGCUUAUAUGGCCCAACCUGAAGUUUUCUGCUGAGCCACACAGAUCUGUCUCAUCAAAAAGCCAGCAAGGCAGAGUCUCUAGCUCCCAGCAACAGCUGGACUAUCCCAAAUGUAAGAACUGUGGGAAAUGAAUACUGGGAACAUGAAUGAUCUUGACCUUCAAAACACCAAGAGGUCAGAUUGCUCACCAUUUAGGAUCAGAUAGUACUGUCGGAUCAAGCAUCUGCUUCUGUAAGAAGAGUUCACUAUGGAGCCCUGGAUGUCCAUUCUUUGGAGGAUCCAGUAGGACACCCUGAAAGAGGAGAAUUCUGAAACAGAGUGGGGACUUUAGCCAAUGGAGUACCUGAGUAUUGCCCAGGGCUCAAGGGGCAUAGACAAUCUUGUUUUCAAUAUUUUCUGAGUCCUCCCUCAAUAUAUUGUGAAUAGUACGAGUCUGAGCGUUCAGAAUCUUUUCCUGGCUGCUAUAUCUUGGGGGCUGUGUCACUUAGAAGUCAUUACACCCAUUUAUAGCAACCACACAAUUUCAUUUGUAGCCUCCCAUAGGACAUGGUCACCCUGAGUAAACAGGGUCAGAUCAGGGCCAAACUGACUAUUUUGUAUGUUUAAGGGGUCCACAGGAAAGGUGGCCAUCUGUCACCUGUCACUGAGACAUGCCAGCCUCGUCACAGACUAAGCUCCUUCCAUCCUUUCCUCUCUUCCUUUUUUCCUUUCAUCUUUCUCUCUUCUCUCCUUACAAAUUAACGGCAUAUUAAAAACUUCCAAUCAUUGAAAAUAUAUAGUGAUAGAAGACCAAGAAAAAAGCAAAAAAAAAAAAUACUCUUUCUUGGAAAAUUUUUCCACAGUCUGCCCCAUUUUUAGCCUAACUUGGAUCCCUCGUGUCCUUCCUUAGAUCCAAUUCGUGUUUUUAAACCUAAGAGUCAAGUAGGUGCUGUGGGUGAUGUGAAUGGUCACUGUUUAACUUUAGCAAUGACAUUUAAACACUCCUAAGGUGCCUUUCUCUUUUAUCUCAGAUUCCCUCUCUAUGCAUCUGCUCGGACACCCCUGUCCAGAAAUGUACUCCCAUUUGAGGAUUCAUUGUGAUUCCUUUCAUGGACAAUUAGUAAGAUACAGUUGUUUCUUAUACUCUAAUGAAAAUGAAGGAAACAUUCUUUCGUUUUAAAAUUUUUUUGUAGUUGUAGAUGGACAGAAUGCCCCAUUUUAUUUCUUCAUUUCUAUGUGGUGCUGAGGAUAGAACUCAGUGCCUCACACAUGCCAGGCAAGUGCUCUACCACUAAGCUACAGCCCCAGCCCAGGAAGCAUUCUUUUAAGAACCAAAACCAAAAAACUUUGUUCUUUGCUUUUGUUUUUUAAAGGGUUUCACAGGCAACCUCUCUGAGUUUUUUUUUUUUUUUUUUUUUUUUCAUUUCUUUCUCUCCUCAUUGUUCCAAAGGCUCCUGCAGAUCUGGCAGUACGUGCAGGACACCUCCGUCCUGCAUACAGGAUGAUGGAGACUUCAUGGAUGUGGAGUCAGCACACCUGGGUUUUAAUCCAGCUGCUCUUGAUGUAGGAUUUGGACCACUUAAAUCUCUCAGUUUCAGUUUCUGUAAAAAUAAGAGAGAAAAUGCCCACUUUUGAAAUAUUGAAAAUAAUGUGUUCAGCUGGGCAUGAUGGCACACGCCUGUAAUCCCAGUGGCUCGGGAAGCUGAGGCAGGAGAAUCGUGAGUUCAAAGCCAGCCUCAGCUUAAGCAAGGUGCUAAGCAACUCAGUGAGACCCUGUCUCUAAACAAAUUCAAAAUAGGGCUGGAGAUGUGGCUCAGUGGUCAAGUGCCUCCGAGUUCAAUCCCCGGUACCCCCCAAAAAAGAAAGAAAGAAAAUAAUGUGUGCAAAAGUUCCUGGCAUUCUCAAUAAGAGGCAGUGAUUAUUAUUUUAAGUUCAUUACAUCUCCCUCUUCACUUCUCUCUCAGCCAUCAACCUCCUGCAGACUGCUUCUGUUCUGAAGAUCUUUAGCCAUGAGCUUCUGCCCAAAUUCAAUGACUUCUUUAAAAUUUUUCUUCUCUUUUACUUCUUCAGCAUUCGUGACAAUUAGCAUUGAUUUCCUGUGUCUCCUCCCCCAUUCUUCCUAUAGUUUUGGGAUGUCCUAGCUCAUAGAAGUCUAUGAGCUCCUUUAGGUCAAGAACAAUGCCUCAUUUUUUCUUAUUGCUCCAGCACAUGGAGAGGGUGUUUGGUAAAUGUUCAAAUGAAUGCGUUAGAAAAUCAAAACUGCUGAGAGCCAUAGCCAAGUAGGAAUGACACAUGGCAUUUUGGGUUGAAAGGUGACCCUGCUCAGAGAUUAGGGUGGCUCCAGGUUUAGAGUGGAUCCUGCUGGGAUUAGGGCGUAUCCUGCCACCUCAGGCGCCCGCUCCUUUGGAGUUCCUUUGAGUUCUCGCGGGGUUCUGAGAGAAGUGGUGCGCGGAGCUGAGUGGAGGCAGUGGGUUCACGAAAAGUGUGGGAGAGUGUCGGUGAGAGUUCGGGAAUAAAGAGUUGCUGUUGGAAU